AUGUAUCUACAACAUCUCAAGAUGUCUUGCGACGAAGAACCCUUCGAUGACUACUACGACGAGCCGUGUUUCGAUGACCAGUACUACGAUGAGCCAGAUUGCGGCGACCCGUACUAUGACUAUGAUGAGCCAGAUUACAAUAACCCUUACUAUGAUGAGUCACACUACAGUGGCUCUUAUUACGAAGAGCCAUAUUACAGUGAUGCUUACUACGAUGGGCCGGGUGACAGUAACGCUUACUGUGACGGGCCAUAUCGCGAUGACGAGCAAUACGAUGAGCCAGACUGUGAUGACCCCUACUACGAAGAACCAGCUUAUGAUCCGUCCAACUACGGGCCACCUUAUGAAGAAGGGUACUAUGAUCGACCGCCCUCUAAAGAUCAGUACUGCCAUGAGCCGUAUUCUGAUGACCAGUACUUCGAUGAGCCACCCUUCGAUUAUCAACAUCCAGAUCAACCUUUCUUCGACGACGAAGAUCUCCAUGACGAAGACUUCGAUGGACCGCCUAAUGAUAAUCAAUGUUACGACGAACCUCCGUUCAAUGGGUCAUGCUCAGCUGGGCUGCCGCCCCACCGCCAAAGCUACGCUCCUGCCUCUUCCACUAACUCAAGGAGUCACCAACCGCCUGUGAAUGUCAGACGUGUAAAUCAGGUGACUGUCAACAUCCAGCAAUUCCAUAACCUGUCUGUUCACGUAUACCCCGCCGCGAACACGACCUUCUCUACCAGAACACAAGACUCUGAAAAUCAGCACCCCAGGACUCAACAACCCAAGAAUCAGCGCCCGAAGAACAACCCCAGGGGCCAGUUUCCUCGUGAGCAGUGCCGCAAGAAGCAACCACCUACCUACCAGGCAGCCCUCCCAGAAACUGCUCUGCGACUCACAGUCGGUUGA